AUGGGCAACAGUUUCUCCAACAUAUCUGCUUUACAAUCACUACACAUUGUGAUGCUGGGUUUGGAUUCCGCUGGCAAAACGACUGUUCUUUAUCGUCUGAAAUUCAACGAAUUCGUAAACACUGUGCCAACAAUUGGAUUCAACACUGAGAAAAUCAAACUGAGUAAUGGUACCGCGAAGGGGAUCAGUUGUCACUUCUGGGACAUCGGAGAUCAGGAGAAGCUGCGGCCCCUGUGGAAAUCCUACAGUCGGUGCACGGACGGCAUAAUUUAUGUGGUGGACUCAGUGGACGUUGACCGGUUGGAGGAGGCCAAAACAGAACUGCAUAAAGUCACAAAAUUCGCAGAGAACCAGGGGACACCUCUUCUGGUGAUAGCCAACAAGCAGGACCUGCCCAAAUCUCUUCCAGUCGCAGACAUUGAAAAACAGCUGGCUCUCCACGAGCUCACUCCAUCCACCGCAUACCACGUCCAACCUUGCUGCGCCAUAAUUAGCAAACGACUUCACGAGGGUAUGGACAAACUAAAUGAGAUGAUAGUAAAUCGGAGAAGAUCUUUAACGAUGAUGACCGCCCAUGGGUCGUAA